UCUGUGUAUUACUUCCGGGUUUUCAGCCACGUGGUAAAACAGCUGUGGGUCAGGGUUCUGUUGACAGUAUUUUUUAUUUUUCUUGGUUCUGCCUUUUGUAGAAGAAGAAAACUGAGUAUGAGGAGAAGAGAGAAACAGCGGCAGGAAGCGGAGCGGAAGAAGAAGAAGACUGUAAGUUGCAGCGAAGAGGAAGACUCUGAUGUGGAGAAGAAGGUCUCUCUGUUUACCCUAAGAGGGGGGGAGGCAGAGGAGCUGCGGUUAAGCGGACACGAUGAUGAAGAUCAAAACCAAUCAGGUGGCGGGGCUGAGGAAGACUCUGGGGGCAGCGAAGAAGAAGAGGUAUCGGAGGGGGAGAGUAAUGAUGAAGGUGAUGAUGAUGAUGAUGAUGAAGAAGAAGAACAAGAGGCUAAUGCAGAGGAAGAUGAUGAUGAUGAAGAAGAAGAAGAGGCUAAUGCAGAGGAAGAAGAUGAUGAUGAUGAUGACGAAGAGGAAGAUGCUGAGGAAGAGGAGGGACAUACUGGUGAUGGCACAGAGUUGCAGACAGAGGAAGGCAUCAGGAAAGAACUGUCCAACAUGCCCUUUGAAGAUGUCAUUAAGCUGCAGCAACAAGUGGGAACUAAAGCGUUCAAUGAGGCUGCAUUCAACAACAAAAAAUGCCGAGCUGUCAGCAGUAAGAAACGGCUGAACAAAAACAGACCAAUGGAAAUUUCAUCAAAGAUUCCACCGUCCUUCCUACGGCAGGUCAUCCCUGCCAAGAAAUCAACCAGGAGAGAUCCUCGAUUUGACAGCCUGUCAGGAGAAUACAAACCAGAGAUUUUUGAAAAGACUUACAAGUUUAUCAAUGACAUCAAACACAGAGAGAAAGAGGUCAUUAAGAAGCAGCUAAAGAAGACAAAGACUGACCGCAAGAAGGAGAAGCUGGAGUUCCUGCUGAAGAGAUUGAAUAACCAGGAGCGAGCGAGACUGAUCCAGGAGCAGCAGAGAGAGAGAGAGCUGCAGUUCAAGAAGCAGCAGCGAGAGCGAGCCAGUCGGGGAGAACGGCCAUUUUUCCUCAAGAAAUCGGAAAAGAAGAAGCUGCAGUUGGCCGAAAAGUAUCAGGAACUGAAGAAGAGCGGCAAACUGGAGAACUUCCUUAGCAAGAAACGGAAGAGGAACGCAGGAAAAGACCGCAGGAAGCUUCCCGGGAAACAGCUACACAACAAAAAGCCUUUUUCCUCCUGAGAAGUGUUGAAGAGCGAUGUGCUGAGAAAUGUUUGAUCAUCCCAGCUGUAGACUCAUUUCAGUGUUCUGAUGCUGUUGGUUCCCCACAUCAGGUGAACUUGUUCUGUAAAAGCCCUUUUUUGUGAUCAAAGGUGAUGGGAAUCAUGAAUAUGUUCAUAAAAAAUACUAAAAGUGUGUUUGGAGAUUGUGUCAGAUGUACAAGUGCUUUUUUUUACAUGUAAAAAUAAUAAAGGUUUUCCUCAAUACUUUAAA